AUGUCUCCUCGAAAGAGCCCUGAAGGGCCUGAAGGGAAAAUAUUUGAGUUCUUGAAGGUAGCAAAAUGUGACGAUUCUAUUCCACAGCCAAACGUUCCUGGCAAAGUGCGAAAACGUCAAGUGGUAGUAUUGGAAAGGGUAUCUGGGCAAGUGGGCGUUGUGAAGUGUAUGGCUAUCACAAACACAGCCAGACCAAAAGACGGGAAAUUUCUUCCAAUUUGCCCUAAUCCAAAGGGAAGCUAUCCCAUGCAGGUCCAGCUUGAUUACGGACCUGAACAAUACUUUUCAAAUGGGCAACGAGCUCCGCAAGCUAUCCAAUUGAAGAAUUACUCGUUCUUGAAAAUCACCGAAUGCUAUGAAGUUUCACUAGCCUACCUACGACCUCAUCUCGAUGAAAACGGUGCUCAAUUCAAGAUCCGCAUGAAGAAGAAGGGCGGACUUGGAGAUUUAAAAGCUUAUUUGCGGAAGGCUGAGAAUCAGAGAGCUAAGGAGCAGAUAAUGUUGCAACAGACUCCAUCCACUCAAAGUCCUGGGCUAUUAUUGGGGGUGUUGAUGAAAGAUAGGCCGGACGUGAUGGCUGAGUGGAGUGGAACGUUGCGCCGAUCAGUGAAUGGUACGGAUGUGGAACGCACAGAAGUGGUAGGAGCAAAAACAGCUUCCUAUACGAUCGACGCGGGAGUGCAGACUAGUCAUUUGGAGAAGGACCCAGGUGUAUCUGAAGAGCCGCCUACAACUAUUGAGGCGAAGCUAGUACGCAAAGCAGUUAGCAGGGCCACUACCAUGGAUGAAGAAGCAUGGGAAGUCGUGCCAGAUGACAAAGAUAUCAAUGUCUUGAGAGCCUUCGUUCAAUGGGCGUCCCAGAAUAGUCUUGUUAACCGUCUCACUUGGGAGGAGAGGCUGGACGAAUACUGCCGCCAAGGAUUAGUUGGAUCCCCUAUAUGA